AUGGCCUCGCUUCGAAGCCGUUUGCUCGGAGCCCUGCCGUCCGAGCUGCGAGGUGCUCCCAGGCCCCGGCUUCUCUCCACCGCGCCCAGUGCACCGCCUCUCUGGUGGAGGCAGGGCCGGCGGAGGACGGUGCACCACAGCUACGCAGAGGUGGAGCUCUUGUCCCGCCUGGCGGUGCUCCUGUUGCCACGGGAACCUAUCGGCGAGCUCUUCCGCGAUUUCCCGGUUAAGAAAUCGGAGGUGUGGGGCAAGCCUUGGCUCUGCCCCGACAUCUCUGCCUUUGGCGUGCUGAAGGUGGAAGAGGCAGCUUUGUUCAUCGAGUACGACGGGUGCUUUCGUCAUUCUGAGCCGCAGGGGCAACAGAGGGACGAGCGCAAGACGGCAGCUCUGCUUCGCUAUGCACCCCCAGGCUCACAAGUCCUGCGGAUCGGUCAUGUGCAUCAGGACUUGAGCAGGGCGGAAAAUGUGACACACGCCGUCGUCGAUGUUUGGCGAGCAGGGCACGAGCCGUCGCUGAUGAAAGUUGUGCAGCAAACCGUACGAGCCCUUCUUCAGAGGUUUGAGCUUUUUCUCCAACAGGAUGUGUGUGAGCGUCUCAGCAGAAAUGAUGUCGCGGAGCCCAAGCAAGACUUUCUCAAAGCAACCACAUUUGCGAGUGAGGCACUGUUGACAAAGGCUGUCGAGAGUAAGAAGAUGAAUCUGUAUGCGUUCAUGGAAGCGGAAUUGCAAUUUACAAGCACCAGACUUGAGGCGUUGGCACGCAAGUUUCCGCGAGUCUGGGGUGUCAACCUUGAAAGCCAUUUGAAACCCACAGUGGCCUGGCUCGAGGAUGUCGGGCUCAGCCGCGAUCAGGUGGCCAAAGUCGUUGCUCGUGCUCCGCAAGCGUUGACCUGCAGCAUCCAGGCAAAUCUGAAACCAACUAUGGCGUGGCUGGAAGAUGUUGGCCUGAAUCGACAGCAGGUGGCCAAAGUCGUUGCUCGCUAUCCGCAAGUGUUGGGAGGCAGCAUCGACGGCAAGCUGAAACUUGUAGUGGCAUGGCUCGAGGGUGUUGGGCUGUGUGGUAAGCACGUAAUCAAAGUCCUGGUUCGUUAUCCUCAAGUGUUGGGCUGCAGCAUCGAGGCCAAUCUGAAGCCCACAGUGGCCUGGCUCGGGGAUAUUGGGCUGAGCCGCCAGCAGGUGGCCAAAGCCGUUGCUCGUUCUCCUCCAGUCCUGGGCCUAAGCAUCGGCGCCAAUCUGAAGCCCACAGUGGCCUGGCUCCAGCAUAUUGGGCUGAGCCGGAAACAGGUCGCCAAAAUCAUUGCUGGCUAUCCUCAAGUCCUGAGCCAUAGCAUUGAGAACAACCUGUUGCCAAAACACGUUCUUCUGCGACGGUCUUUUGCAUCUGAACAGAUCUGCUCCAUGAUCGAGUACCUUCCACCAUUGCUUGGCCUGAGCAUUACUCGCCUACCCCUAAACCCCCAGAAAAAGCCACCGGGCGAGGACGGCGACCUCGAGCUCAUCUUCUCCCGCUUCGGGCCGAUCAAGAGUUGCGAGAUUGUGCGCGACUGGAAGACUGGUGAUUCACUGCAGUACGCCUUCAUCAUCUUUGAGAACCCUCGGGAUUGUGAGCAGGCUUACUUCAAGAUGCACGACUGCGUCAUCGACGACAGGCGCAUCUUUGUCAACUUCUCGCAGUCCGUGGCAAAGCUCUGGAACAAGUGGCGGACGGGCUCACGAAUGACCAAGGAGGAUGUGAAGGGAGGUGCCGAACACAAGGGCGGAGGCCGAGGCAAGGGCAAAGGCAAAGGGAAGGGCAAGGACAAGGGCAAUGACCAGGCUGGAGCUGUGCUGCUCUUGAACACGCUUUAG